AGUCACCAUUAGGGGGAGGGGCGGCCAGAAACCCAUUGGCGAAAAAUAAUAAUAGCUAACAUUGACUCACGGCGUUGCACAAACCCGAGGCCUUUUUACUCACCUCUCGCGUCGUCCUCGCCAAAACUCUAUAAGGUGGUCCUUGCAGGUGCCCUUCAACGUGGGGAAUACAGAUGUUUUCCCACAGAAAUGCCCCCAACAGGUGUUCUCUCACGGAAACAUCCCUAGCAGGUAUGUUUCUCAACAGAAAUCCACUCAAGAAUGCAUCAUACAGUUCCCCUCCACCCGCCCCCCCCCCAGGCAUGUUGCAGGGAGCCACGCAGAUGCGUUUCCAAAACAAACGUACCCUAACCCAGACGGCCGCGGUCAGGUGUUAUAACGCAGGCGUGUUCUACACAGCCGUUUCCCACACAGGUAUGCUUCCGUUCGUCUACACUCCAGAGAUGUGGCUCAACGCACACGUCUCCCACAGGUGCGCCCGCAACAUAGGUGGGAGCUCCCUCUUACCCUAGCUCGCUUCCGCCCCUACUUACUCCUUGCUGUUGUAGAAUUGGGUUCCCGUUACAGGUGCGUCCCUGGCGCGGCCCCACCCCCGUUUGGCUCCGCCCUCCCAUCUGGGCUCAGGUGCACGAGCCGGAAGUGCGCUCCUCUCCCAGGUGAGUGACUAAACUUUCCGGGUCACGUGAACGGGAGGAGCUGGAGGAGUCCGACCGAGCUACCGACCGACGCACCGAGGGUUCGAGCCAGGUACUCGGACCGGGCACCGGAGCAAGGUCGAAGACGCCUGGGCCAGGUAGGGAGGUGCCGGGUCGCAGGUACCCCCGGCCCGAGAUGCGGUAGAAGCCGCGCGCAGGAGACGCCCGGUUCCCGGUGCCACCGGCCCGUCGCCCGGCCCAUGGCGAGCCCCGGCCUGGGGCUGCUUCUGGCGCUCGGCCUGCAGCUGCUGCCCGCCCGCUGGGGCCGGGCCUGGGGGCAAACGCUGGACCCCCCCGUAAAUGACAACAGCACCAUCACACCCUCGGACCCGGGCUCUGGCUCCCAUGGGGCGCUGUCUCAGGAGGCCAUCACCGCCAUCAUUGUGGUCUUCUCCCUCCUGGCCGCCUUGCUCCUGGCCGUGGGGCUGGUGCUGCUGGUUCGAAAACUUCGGGAGAAGCGGCAGACACAGGGCACCUACCGGCCCAGCAGCGAGGAGCAGUUCUCCCACGCAGCCGAGGCCCGGGCUCCCCAGGACUCCAAGGAGACAGUGCGGGGCUGCCUGCCCAUCUAGGUCCCUUUUCCAUCUCUCUCUGUCUCUCUCUGUCUCUCUCUGUCUCUCUCUCUGUCUCUGUCUCUCUCGCUGUGUGACCUUGGGGGAAGGCAGAGCCCUCUCUGGGCAACCAAACCUACCUAGUGCUUAAGAAUAGAAGGGAGGAAGGUGCUUCAAAGACUCUGCCCCUGAGGGGAAGGGAGGGUGGUGCUGCUUACAUUUUUUAUAUAUAUAUAUAUACGUAUAUACAUAAAUCCCAUAGUGAGAUAUAAUAAAACCUUUUUUUUUUUUUUUUUAAGCCAGUGGGGCAGGAGUCAGGCUAGCUGGAGAGGACAAACUCAGGGCUCAUAGGCUGUUGAGAGAUGAAUUGUAAGGGUGCAAGAAUCCAGGGGGGGCUUCCUGGAAGGGAGGGGCUUCCUGCUGCACCUGGGAGCCAGCUGGAGGAGGAGGAGGGAGGUGGUGGAUAGGGUACGUUUCUGAGCACAGAGAGGGCCCCCGGAUAAACUCACCAGGAAAACCAGCUUUGGGCUCAUGUGGCUUUAUUGAAGGACCAGGGUCUCCUCUGGGACCCUGAUUCUUAACCUUCAAAACACUUUUUAAGCUCAGCGACUCUGGGCCGGCUCCUAGCCUGGGACUCCUGCCAGUCACUGUCGGGUGCAGCAGGGGGUCUGAGGGCUCCUGGCCCCUUGGGGCACUGGAAAUGGGCAUGUUGUGCCAGCAUGACCUCAGAUGGCUGGGGCCUGGGGUUCUCUGGGGAACCAGGAUCUGAGGAAGAAUCAAGGGGCUCAAGGGGUUGGGAUGUCCAGGUAAUAUCCAAGUUGGGCUUUGUGGGGACCAGAAGUUGGGGGCUUUCUGGAGGGUUGGACUGGGUGGGUGCUGUGGACAGCUGAGAGCAGGGGCUCUCCUGGGCUCUGGGGUCUUCAGCUGCCUUGCGGGGAGGGGAGAGAUGUAGGAGGAGAACAGUGGACUCGGGGUCCCCUCGGCUGCUGGGGUCUGCAGAAGCUGGUGAGGGCAGCGAUGGAAGGAUGGUUUCUCGGCUGGCCUCCAAGGCUGGCUGGGAAAUAGGGUCCUUUGAGGAGGUCGCGGCAUCCGAAGACUGGAGGGUUUGCUGAGAUGGCAGGUCGGCAGGCAGGGACAGGGGCUGGGGCUCUGGAAGUUUCUCAUCUUCCGGUUGCCAUCUUGGUCUUUCUGCUAUGUCAGGCUGGGUGGGGGUAGGGAAACGGGCAAGUUGCUGGCCUUCAGAUGCUGGAGAAGGCUGACGAGUCCGAUGGACUUUUGGCAGGGGGGUUGGACGGGGGCUGGGGCUCUCACCAAGCUGAAGCAGCUGUCUGUGUCCUCUCUGUGACAGCAGUCCAAGCUCUGGCUGGGCCGCAGGCUCCCUGUCCUGCUGGCUCCCAGGCUCAGACUGUCCAGAAUCUCGCCCAGCAAAUCUAGUUCUUCUCCAGACCCCAGGAAGCUGCUGUCCAGAGCCUCCUCUGCCCAUGGGUCCUGGGCCUCCUCAGGGCUCAGAGCAGGUGUCCUGGGUAAGGAUGGGCAGCCCCAGAUGUCUGCCCACGACCCCUAGUCCUAAUGGGACUGCUCUGGAGGUUCUGGAGUUUAGGGACCUGGCCUCCCUGCCCCCUCCCCCUGCCUUUGAGUCUCACCCUUCCUCCCGGGACUCAGAAGGUCUCUCUUCUAGUCGCCGUCUCCUGCUGGGGCGAAGGGGCCGGUUCUGCGAAGGACAGAUUUGGAGGGUGGGGCCUCAGGAACUACAGGUUUCUGGAGGAGGGUGUGUGGUAAGUGGGCACCGAACACUGGGGUAGGUGAGCAUGUGAGCAAGAAGUCUGGGUGUAGACAGAAUGGGAGAAAGACAAGGUGGCGUUAGUGUCGCAGGGUGCUGGGGGAGACGCACUUACCUUUCCAAAGUGCUGGGUGAUAGGCAGGCGCUGUUGCAGGCGAUCUGAGCGGCUGGUGAGGGACGGGGCUCUCAGGGAGCCCCCCCUUUGCCGGCUAGAGUCCCCAUCCUAGGAAGAGGGUGGGUGAGCCGGGUGGGUGAGCCCUUCUCCACUGCCCCGGCCGUUGGCCACCGGCCUUACCUUGUACAUCAGAAGGCUGUGCACACCCUUCAAGCCGCUCUUGGCCUACGGAGGAGCCACAAAGAGAAUUAGACUCUGCAGUGCUUUGAACCUGGGCAGUCAAGAGCUCAGGUCUCCGUCCCCUAGGAUCACUGUCCUGCCAUCUGUUCACGUUUGUGCUACACGGACCACCUGAGAAGUCAACACAGACUCACCCCUUGCCUAAUAGAAAAGAAUUCCUAGAGGACAUAACCACUGAAUGAAACGGAGAGUGGCAAACACAGAACACUGUAAGUGGUGUCAGCAUUCAAAAGACAAGCAACAGAUAAGACCCAAGGGACAAUUUUUGGUGUGGCAGAGGUUGGCCACAGGAAACUUUGGGGCUCGGGAGAAAAAGAAACACAAGGGCAGAGGCUGGGACCGUAGUGUCUGAGGACAAAAGAUGUUCGCCAAUGAAUCUUGGUUGUCAGUUUUAAGUGGGGAAGAAAUGAUCCUGGCAGAAAUGAGCAGGUAACUGGAAAAUAAAAGCGCGAAGACUUA